AUGGCGAAUCAGCCCACAGUUCAUUAUACAGUUGACCCUUCUACCAACCCGGGUUCAUGGCCUCCACCUGCUCCAGAACUUAGCAAUGUCAAUAUCAAUAGAGUCGAUGUCAUUUUCAUCAACAUCAACGGCGACUCUAACUUUCGGAUUGUUCGAACGGGCACCAACGAACAUGUUCACCAUGCGGUCAUGCAGGUGACAAAGCACAUAGCUCGGGGCCUCUACCGAAUUGUCAGCAUGAAUGUCAGUGACUACUCGUGCGUGGUGGUCAUGUCAACUGAGAAAUCGAGAGACGAGCUUAUGUGGAAGAAUGGGUUCCCUUGGGACAGGGAGAAUGAUCCCCAGCCAGAGGUUGUUCUACAGUAG